AUGCUGGCUGUAGCGGAGAAUGCUCAAAAUGCCGGCGUGGUGGCCGCGGCGGUGGGCGGGCAAAACCAAACCCAGGUCUACGUGACGGAAUCCUGCCUGCAGAAGCCGUACCGCUGUCCGCAUCCGAAGAUUCAGUUCUACCUGUACACGCGCGGCACCCAGGAGCAGCCCGAGUUCAUCGAUGUGCUCGACGCCAACGCCCUGUACUACACUCACUUCAAUCCCCGGCAUCAGACGAAGAUAAUCAUCCACGGCUUCGGAGGAGGUCGCGAUCUGAGUCCCAGUCCAGACUUGCGGGAGGCCUACUUCAGCGUGGGCGAGUACAACAUCAUCAUCGUGGACUACGCCGACGCGGUGAAGGAGCCCUGCCUCAGCCAGAUGGACUGGUCUCCCCGCUUCGGCGGCCUCUGCAUCUCCCAGUUGGUCAAGUAUCUGGCCCGACAUCCGCGCGGGGUCCAGCCAGAUGACCUUCACUUCAUCGGCUACAGCGUGGGUGCCCACAUAGCCGGACUGGUGGCCAACUAUCUGAAGCCCGAGGAGGGAAAGCUGGGACGCAUCACAGCCCUGGAUCCAACGAUAUUCUUCUAUGCUGGGGCCAACAACUCCAGGGAUCUGGAUACGACCGAUGCCAACUUUGUGGAUGUUAUGCACACUGGAGCGGGGAUACUCGGUCAAUGGCAUUCCAGUGGCCACGCGGACUUUUAUGUGAAUGGCGGCACCAGGCAGCCAGCCUGUGUGGGCUCUGCCACACUGUUUCAGACCUUGGCCUGCGACCACACCAAAGUCACCCCCUAUUUCAUAGAGUCCAUAACAACGACUCGGGGCUUCUAUGCGGGUCCGUGCCCCAACUUGUUCACCUACCUGAUAGGCUGGUGCGAGCCCAAGGACUCCGAGUACGUUCUGAUGGGCGAGCACUGCUCACAUAAAGCUCGAGGCAACUACUAUGUUACCACUAAUGGAAAAGCACCAUUUGCCCGUGGUUUUCCAGGCAAGGGGCGUUCCAAUGGCGAGUACCAGGGUGUACGGCGAUAGUGAAAAUCGUUUGUUGCCUUUUGUUCGCAGUUCGGUUCAUUUAGAAAUCUCAAAAUUUUGGAAACAAUGGAUCGAAGAUCGAUUUUGCCUAGUUUCCAUUUCGAAGCAACCUUCCAUUUUCCAUUUUCCAUCUUCCAUCUCUUAUACCGUAGCACUCAUGUGAUUAUAGUUUGUUUUCUAUAUAUACGAAUCAUAUUUAUUUUAUAUAUUUUUGUUGUUAGUCUUAGACCACCGCCAUGUUUGCUGGGUGUUGGGAGUUGGGAGAGAGGCGACAUCCAGUCCCUAAUGUUUCGGGCCCUGUACAAAUCAAUGCAUCUAAUCAUUAAGUCGUAGGCUGAAAGUUGUUUGAAAUAAACGCACAAUACACUCAACUCAAUGUUUGUUGGCAUAAUUCUUAACAAGUUCAUUUUAUUGAGUUCCAAAUACAUUUGUUAAGGUAUAAUUUUGUUUUGUUUCGAUUUCGUUUAGACGUUUAAAUAUGGUAAUUCGUAUAGCCAGAUGUCAUUCAGGGGGUUUCUUUCUCGGUCUCAGUGUCAUAAGUUUUUUAAAUAAAUUUGAGUAACAUGGUAAUUUGGUAAAUUAUUUUGCAAAGCUGGAUCUUAAACGAAAAUCUUUUUUAUUGUGCUCGAGUCUUCUGUAAUCGUUUUAGUUACAUUUUAUGAGUAUUAUUAAAGUGUUUUCUUCUGUUAUGAGCAUACAUCGAAGUAUAUAUGUAUGUACGUAUAUAAGUAUAUGUAUAUUAAUUCGGUUUAUCGACCAUUAAAAUUAUACAACAUGGGCGGGUGUUGCCAGAAAAGGGAUCUCCAUUCGUUUCUUAAAUAUUUGAUUUUGAUUUAAUUUUUAGCAAUUUGCAUACAGAACGCUC